AUGUCGACAAGUGGCAACAGAACCUCCGGAGAAAUAAAAGGUAAAGUUAUUAUUUUAUACAUGACAAAUAUAAAAAACAUAAAUUGCCAACUGAUGAAGUUAAUUUGAUUUCUGGGUGGCGCCCUUUAGUUUCAAGUGAAUCGUCCCUCCAUUAGCCCUAGAUUCGACUACUUACAACUCACUAAUGCUUUGUAUUUUCUGUCAAUAAUAACUAAUGAAGAGGACCAUGAUAAAUGUGAUGGUGAAGAUGCAAAUUGUUAUAGUCAACAAUUUCUAGUUUUGUUUGUGAACGACUCGGACAUUUCUAAAACUGUGAUGAUUUUCUAAAACAGUCGUAAAGCUCUGCUGUAAAUAAAACCACACCAGUCAAGUAGACAACCAUGGCCAAAUAAUUCGUUCAUGACAGUGAUAUUCUAUCCCAAAAGGUCUCGAGGAAGAUGCAAGGUUAGAAAUGGGUGAAAUGAAUGCUAGGAAUUUACUGACAAAUACCCCUGAGGAGAACAAAGAAAAAAAAUCUCCGUCGAGAUUCAACUGGCUUAGAAAACGAUCUCCAAAUUCAACGGCCGACGAAAAUUCAAAACCGACCAAGAAUGCCUGCGAGCCCUCAGUAUCAACAUCAAGGUGAGAAACGUUAUCUGGUUUUAGUUUUUAACUGGUCCUGAACGGGAAUUUGAUUACUGCCUCUUCCUUUCAAAUGGGAGGUUUUUUUCGGUUUCUACAAUUUCUUUUUAUCCUUUUCUUCUCAAAUUCUCGUACACUUUAUGGCAGAGUACAAGCCACCUCUCCCCCUCCUACCCCUCCCCCUCUCCACCUCUUCUGUUCACCGACAAAGACAAGGAAAGCGCUUCAUCUUUAGUUUAACCUGUAGUUCACUAUUUACAGUGAGUCGCCGAAUAAGACGCAAACAGAGGAGGUGUUUACAGAUGUAUUUGAGAACAUUCAACUACAAUUAGAAGUUAUUAAGGGUGUAAAGGAAAAGCCAUGGACUAUGGACAGGAAAUUACAAAUUAUCAGGUGAACACAGGAGACAAAUCUUCACAGCCACUAAUAACUUUACAGCAAGAUGAGAUUCAGUCAAGCACAGCCUAAUAGAUAUGAAAUCUAUCUUUCAGUCAAGAUUCUCCAACAAAGGCCGCCUCAUACGUGCUUGAUGAUCUUUUUAUUUACUAAAAAUGGUCAAGGCCGGAAUAUUCUCUCGCCAUGUAAUAGCACUGCGCGCUUUACCUUUACCUUCCGGCAUCGUUUUCAUAAAAGUUAUCAUGAUAUUCUUGUCAUUUUCUCGGUGUUUUCAUGUGGUCAUCUUUUGAUUUAAGUGUUUUUGGAAUACUUUCCUAUUACAAUGCCCCAGUGCACACCCUAGAAGAACCUAGAGGGUCCCCACUAGAGGCAUGUGGUAAAAUUAGGUAUUCCAACGUAAACAUGCCCAUUUUGGCCGCGUACCAAAUAUAACAGGGACAUGAGGUGUAAAGAUCUUUGGUACAGCUAAUGUAGACCAAUCUGGGCUAGUUGUAUUUAAUUCGUUUGGCAAAUCUGCACCCCAGAGCCAACAAUUUCUCUCAGCCAAAAGCGAUUGAAAUUUUAUGUCCAUAACAAUUCUUAUGAUCAACUCGUUUGUAUUAUAUGCUUGUUCUUCUUCCUCUAACACUUAUUUGAACAGAAACGCCAAAAACUACGUCGAACAGCAUUCAGGUGAUCUGAACAGACUGCAGCAUUUAAAGGAGUCUCGGAUAAGGGUAUGUAAUAGACAUUGUGUGGAAUAGGUCAGUUAUGAUUGGUCAAUAAGUAAAAUACUUGAUUCUUACCAUCAGUCAUCUAUCCUGAUCGGACUGCUGCUACGAUUCCAAACCGGCUCAGGGACUCAAAAUUAACCUGAAACGUUUUUUUUUUAAUUUUAAUUACGCAGUUAUAGAUUAAGUGGUAAGACACUACGGAUUUUCUGUUUCAACCGCAGCCAGGUUUGCGUAUCAGUGUUCACGAACCAUUGCAUCCUGUUCCGGCUCUCAGCCAAUGACGACGAAAGAAGGGAUGGGCGAAUGACAAUCGGUGGUUGUGGUUGUGGUUGUCAGGGGAACGGCUCUUUAUCUAGUAUAUUUUUCUCUUUGAGUGUUCCCCCCUGUUUUUUUGCCCAAUUUUUCCAGACUGGGACAACUGCAAACCACCUCAAAGACUUUAUUUAGCGCCCCUCUCAGGCAUUUUUAUCUUUUUAUUCUUGUUUUGUUUUUAUGCGGAUUUGUUCGCAUGUCUUGUCCAUCAUCAUUCUCCAUGAAGCUAUUGCUGUUGUCACUGAGUAGUGAACUUCUUUUAUCAUUGACUUCAGCUUUUUCGACAAGUUAAAAGACAGUUCCAAAAUUUCAUCGUGUUCUUCAUUCCUUGGGAAAAGAGGAUUAAAAAUAUUCAAGGUUUGUAGCCACAAAAUUUUUAUGAUUAACUAAAAUAACGAACUACACAUUUUGGGUUCAGUGUGAUCCUGCAGAGCGGUUAUCAACGACAAUGACGUACUUACAGCUUCCUAAUCGAUGAAUUGUUGGGAAAUCAUCAGCAUUGCUUUCAGAGUGUCCCUGAACCAUAGAAGAGUUGAUGCAUCAGUGGAAAAAAACUAAUGAAUAAGCAUGAAGUACAAUUCCUUUUUAUCCUUUUUGUUACCUUGGAAUGUUUCAAUACGCAAAAGAAGGGUCGCAACAUUUCUUACCCUCUUACAGUUAUAAAGGUUCUACACAUUCCAUAAAGAUUCCUUAGAUGAUGGAAAAAAUGAACUUUGAAGAAAUAAAAAAGGUGGAGAUUGUCUCCAAUACUGUGAUCUCCUAUUGUUUUCCUUGAGUGAAUAAUCUCGAGAAAACUAGUAAUCAAAUAACACGCCACUAAGAAGAAGUUUUUGUUACUUUCUCAAACAAUAGCGUGUUUUUCCUUUAGGACAUUUUGGGGCUGGCAUCGGUUCCUUUUUUCUUUUUUUACGUUCUUUGGCGUGGAUCAACUUCAUUUUGUUAACCUUUAUAACGAUCUUCGUUAUAGUUCCACAGGUAAGCUUCAGAGUACAUUACCUUCUUUGUAAAUUUUAACAUAGAAAAUUAUACUACCUCUGUAAACAUUCACCAUGUUAAAAGAAAUCUCCAUUUCCUCUGACUGAAAUUUGCAAUCUUGCUACGCUUUCUUAUCAGCGUUUCUAAUCGUAACAUUCCACCGUUAAUGUUCCGAUCGAGUUAAUUUCUCUCGCGGAUAUUGGUAAAAUUAUUAAUUCUUGUAAGCCUGAAUCACGAAUUUGUUCCCAGAUAAUGGAAUGAUAAUCUUCUUUGGUUUGUUUUUCAGCUCAUGAGUCCUUCGACAGCUCUGAGUAUUCCUGAGAGUGAGAGACACACAGCACAGCGUCUUACAGCAGUUCUUGAUGCCAAGGUAAAGUCUUAACCCAAGUCUCUUGGUGCCGUUUUUAUUAAUCUAGGCGUUGGUUGUAGCAGUUUUAUUUAGCGAUCAACUGUUGAAUCUUUAGUCAACCCUCUGACCGCUAAAAGUGACUAGCAUCUAAUUUCUCCUUACAAUAUCGGCCCCGAAUCACACAAUAAGGUCACGAGAAUAUAGGAAAAACCAGCAACGAAAGAAGCCCUCGAUUGCUAAACAAAUUCUCCUUGUCAGCACCUCAGGAAAUGUAUAGAAAACAGUAUGGAGAAUAUGCCUAGUGAUGUUAGCCUGUAAGGAGCUAAGACUUCAGGAUUAUGGAUCACUGAAAGAAAUGAAUGAGGUGACGAUUGACUAUGUUAGGUCAUCACCUUUGAAAUUUUACAUUCAAUUCAUUGUGGAGUGUACACAUAAUACGUUAUAGAAAAAAAACAGGAGAUGUUAAUUAGACUUAAAAAUCAAGCAUUUUUCUAACAAAAUACCAUCAUUACAAUUUUUAUCCCCACAGGGAUAUCUGGAAUAUUCCUUUUUGUUUUACGGCUAUUAUGGAAAUGAGAACAUCCAGGUGGGCGUGGUCGAGUAUCCCUUGCCGGUGGCCUACUUCGCGGUUUUCAUGGUCAUUUAUCUCUUCAGUAUCAUUACUGUGCUCCGAGCGUAAGUAUUGUGUAUUAAUUAAUGUCCAGCUGAUAAGCAGGCUACUAAUAGUUAUCAAGAUACACGAGAGAUGGAACUGAUCUGGAUCCGAGGAGGAUUUUGGGCUUGGUUUUCCCAAUUGUUCUCUUUCACCCGCCGUUGGUAACAGUUUUCCCGACGUUUACCACUCCUGACACGAUCUUCGGAUCUUGUCAAGGACAAGACAAAUUUGUUACAGGGGUGGAGUUAUAGAAGAACUCAUAUCUCUAAACACAAAAAUACAGUUUGCAUAACCUUGAUUUUUACCUUGCAGUAUCACUCACGAACAGAGUCUAGUGAAGUCUUCAGGUCAAAAUGAUCAAUAUCCAUUCGGCUGGCGUGUGUUUUCAGCUUGGGAUUUUCUUAUCACAGAGCGAGAGACUGCGGAGAAUAAAUUAGCCUCCCUUACUACUGCUAUUAAAGUAAGCCUGUCGUCUAAUCUUUUGGUAAAACUGAACUCCUUUUUGACUAAGUCACGUUAUAAAUUGUAUCUUUGUUUGAAAACAUAGAAAUUAGCAGCAAUGUUGGAUGAAAUAUCGCAGACAACAUUUCUCGAAAUAUAGGCUUUAGCAAAUGACUGUCAAAUAUAUCCAAGGAAUUUUUUUGUACUACGGGUAUAUGGCGUCUUCUGUAAACUUUAUAGUUGCAAAUGUGCAGGUUCACCAAUGAGGAGUGAACUAGCUUUGACUUUCUACGGGAACGUUUCAAUUCCUCACCAUCUUGUUACAAAGGUAAUCAAUACUUUCCGAUGGUGUCGACGAUUCAUGCCAUUCGUAAUCUCAUUUAACUCGUAUCUUUUCAUUGUUUAUUUUUAAUUUCCCACAGGAACAAAUGGUUGAGGCAGUGGAAAAAGGGAAAACGAUAAAUAAGUAAGUUUUAUAUAUAACACGUAACGCUACACGAGUUUCAUAUGGACCAAAAUGUAGCUGUUAUUCAUUACAGUCCGGCUGCUUUUGUUCCCUUGACCCUAAUAUCAAUACUUCAGGUGCCAUAUCACUAAGCUACAAGAGAUUCGUGAUAGCUUUAAUCAGCGGCAAAAGUUAUUAGAUCAUUCAAUAAAUGAACGCAUUGUCACGCACUCUAUUUCAGGAAAACCCUCAUCGCCCUCCGUGUAUGUGCAAAUGUGCUGGUUCUGGGCGUUUUAAGCGCAAGUGCGUACUUGAUAUACUUGGUGGUUAAGCGUUCAGAUGAAAGAGACAAGGAAGGAAGACCACCCACUGUGUUAGAGCAGUAUGAGGUAACUUAACGCUAUACUCCCUAACAUCAGUCUGUAUAUUCUCCCUGCUGUUCUCUAUACAUUUCCUAGGGUGCUGACAAGGAGAAUUUGUUCAACAAUCAGGAGCUUCUUUAGACAUCAUUUCCUUUAUUCUCCACACCUUAAUGUUUGAUUCAGGGCUGACAAAUUUAGAUACUAUUCACUCAUAGGAUCAAAAGGUUAAAACGAACAUAUCCGCCAAAAACGUAGCCCACUUGCAUGGCACUGUUUACAACUUGGCCCAGUAUUCCGAGAUAGCAUUGGUUUUGCUUUACUUUGCUCUAUGAUUGGUCCAGAAAACUCAUACCACUCUCAAGACCAAUCAAAUGCGAAACUAAAAGCAAUCACGACUUGGUCGCCCGCGUGUUCCCGCACUUUAAGCAGUUUGUUUUUUUUCUACUUUAAGUAUAUUCAGUUCCUCUGAUUUUAAAGUUAUGAUUACGUUAGUCUUGCAAUUGCGACACUCAAUUAAAAAGCACUCUAUUCAACGUCAAUGAUAUUAGCCCGUUUUCACGCGUGUUUUCGUUUGUUUUUUCAGAUCUCUCUCGCAAUUACCGGCAUGAAUGCUGUGUGUCCAGUAUUCUUCAAAUUGAUUUCCAUGAUGGAGCAGUAUCAUCCAAGAGUCGCUCUCUACUGGGAGCUAACAAGGUAUUAGGAGAAUGUCACGAAUCCAGCGCCUCUCGAUUAGAACUUCAUCAGGGAUGCGUUGUUAACUCUGUUCACGAAAUAUCACUCGUCGCAUCGAACCUGUUUGUAAUUCAUCAGAGCUGCGAGUUAAAAUAACUUUAAAAAAUCUCCCUAAAUAAGAGUAGUAAGGCAUUGUCAACUCUGUUUACGAAAUACCAGUCCUCGUAUUUACACCUUUUUGCAAUUCAGUAACUUCAGUUGCGCAGGGAGGUUCUUGGAGCAGUCCGUCAGGAAAACUAAGCAAAACUCUGGCCGCUUUAUUUUGUUCUUUUCGCGAAGAAUCCGUUUCAUUCUCUUUUUAGAAUAAUGUUCAUGUAUCUUGGAAAUAUGUACGUACUGGUCAUAUCACUCCUUAACAAAAUAAAUCAGGUGAGAAAUUAAAAAUUUUGUUUAAGAGAACUGUUAUAUAAAUUAUGCAAUAGAUAAACCAAUAAAAUGGUUAGUAAUUCAUUGGCCUUUCACUCGAAAUAGGCGCACAGAGUCUAAGUAAGUUAAUCAAUCGGAAGACAGUCAGUUAGUCAGAGUUAAUCAAUAGGAAGACAGUAGGUCAGUCGGAGAUACUUAAUCGAAAGACAAUCGGUUAGUCAGACACCCAUUUUGUAUCCUGUGAGUCAUUCGAAUAACGUUCGUUCGAUCACUUUUUCUUUUAUUCAUUCUGUCAGCGGGUAAGCUCAGUCAUUCCAUAACUCAUUCAUUAACCCUCUCAGUCAAACAGUCAGUAAGGUGAGCUAUCAAUCUCGUUCUUGGGCUCUCAAUUUUCCAUGUCCUCCGGACCGCGAGAGAGAGUGAGGGGAGAGAGUAACCGAGUGCUAGUGUGGGAAAGUGUCUCUAGCUCCAAGGGGCGAGAAGAACAGAGGUCCUGAGGACUUGAAGGAGAAGAUUCGAUUAAGUUAAGGCUAAGAAUCAGUCGAGGGAGUGUUUUGUGUCAAUCUUCUAUAUCCCAUUUUAACUGUCGUGAUUUUCGCUUAUUUUCUUUGCAGUCAAAAGUAACUGCCUUGGACGUCUCAUCAACAAGUGAUGUGAUAAACUCGACUGUUAUUCCUGUUACCACAGUCACAAAAAACACCACAGAUGGUAAGGUGGUGAUCAUUAACUGAUCUUUAUUCCCCGAGAGUAUAGCUUUGUUUUUCAACAAUGAUCGCACAAUUCUAUUUUUCUUCGCGACCGCAUCAUUCUGAGAAGCGAAAAAGUUCAAUCAACAGAAGGAGAAAGAUAUCUGUUGAUCAUUUGUGAAAGAACCCCUUUUUUUGGACUAAGACAUCCGAAGUGAUGCGUCUAUUAUUUUUUUUGGUUUCUUUCAGGCUCACUGUGUUGGGAAACUACAGUUGGUCAGGAACUGUUUAAAUUAACAAUUAUUGACCUAGUAGCCCUGGUGUUUAGUGUGUUGACCGGUGACUUGUGCGUAUCCCUCACCGUCAGAUUUCUUAACUGUUUUCAAGGCCGACUCUUGGAUCUUGAAAAAAUCGUGAGUGGAUAACAUUUUAAUUUUUUGUUGUGUUCAUAUGAGAGUCAUCCUUGUCAAAAGAGGUAAGGUUUUCUUCAUUAACGCAAGGGAGACGUAUGAAUAAAUUCCAAAGCUUUCCAAGUUUUAUAAUAAAGAAACUUGUUUUUGUUGUAUCCUCCUUUGCUGCAGACGAGGGAACUCAAACAAAUGGCUCCUUUCUUUCUUUCUUCAGUUAGGUUAUCCCGAGUUCAAACUUGCGGAAAAUGUAUUGCAGCUUAUUAACAGCCAGGGACUCAUCUGGUAAGUUAAAGAGAGCAAGUUAUUUGAUUGCCUUUAAUAGAGAGCGCCUUAUCGCCGCACCACAUGAGUUACAGUGAAUUGUUGGAGAGAGUACAAAGGGUUAUGGUAAUGGUGAUGAUAUCUCAUAAAGAAGCCUAGCGCACUGCCUCCAUCUGGCAGCAUAAUGGUUCGGAAAAUUGUCUAAAAUUCGGCUUUGUAAGACAAUUUGUUAUGAUGGUUUUCGCUUCAACUUCAAAGCGCGAUUGCCGUCAUCAAACGACGUACGCGCAUACGUAUUUUCUUCUAUGAGCUCUAUACUUAGAAUCAUCUUCUUUUUUUUCAGGAUGGGUCUCGUGUUCUCUCCAGGGCUCAUUAUGCUAAACAUCCUGAAGCUAGUUAUUAUCAUGUACCUUAGGAGCUGGGCAGUGAUGGUCACUAAUGUCCCUCCCAAGAGGAUUUUCAAGGCCUCUCACCGGUUCUACUUGGUUCUCCUUCUUGUUAUGUUAUUUCUGUGUAUGCUGGCUGUAGGAUAUGCUGCUGUGGAGUAAGUAGAAUUCCACAGACUGUAAUAUAAACAGCUUCUCUGUUUUGUCGUGCUUUUUAUCACACAAUUUCAGUUGUUAUCUAAAUUGCCUGAGUUUUUCUUCCAUUUCAAGCUCCCCCUUGGUAAGCUGUUUGCAAGUCUCGAGUGAUUAACUAACUUUUGUUUCUUUUCUGUAGGAUAGAACCUUCAAAGUGGUGCGGCCCUUUCAGGUGUGAAUCUGUCAGCACAAUAAUUGUUGUAAAAUGUUUGUAUGGCCACAUAAAAUAUCGUACCUUGUUGAUCAGUUGAAUGCCAAAGCGAAGACAUACUGUUGUUCGAGAAAAGCUAAACCCUUUAUUUACCGGAAAUGAGUUGAUACAAUCAAAGGAUACAGUCUUCUCAAGAGGGAAAUUUCUAGCCAAAAAGCAUGGUUUUCGUUCUCAAUGCAAAUCUACCGUUAUCUAUCUAUAACAAUCAAUGAAACUAUGUUGUUGAUCAGCAUUCCUUUGUUUAUCAGUUUUUUAUAAAUUGCGAGAAUUUUAAAGCUAUUUCAGGGCAUAUUUAGUGCAAUAGAGUUAAUUCAAGGUUUGUUCUAAUUUUUAUUGACCCUUAGGGGCAAACCCAACAUGUACCGGGUACUUACAGAAUCCAUCGACAAUGGCCCCGCUCUGCUAGACACUAUAGUUGACUAUCUGAGUGGCCCGAGUGUCGUUAUCCCAGUGUUCAUAUUGAUGUCGUAAGUACAUACGUUGUCGUUAAAAAGGAACCAAUCGCUCUUUGCUACUCUCUAUAUAAAUGUCUUCUAAAUACAAAUAUAUUCUAUUCUUUUUCUGCAAGGAUUGCCAUCUACUACUAUAGGUCGGAAGCAAAUUACUUGAGGAGAUCCAAUCGUGAGCUUGGGUUGCAGUUACAAUACGUAAGUGUUUCACAUGUGUGCAUGAUAUUUAUGAACUAAUCGAGCAGGAGAAGACGAUAGUGUUUGAGGCCACAGGGAACCCGUGAUAGAACUCUACUACAUUUAAAACUAUGUAAGCAUUUCCCGGACAGUCGAUCUCAAACAUAAGCAUGUGCACGAUAUUUCGCUGCGGAAAGAAGGUGCAGACAUUAAAAAAGACGUUGUUGUCAGCUCGAACCUUGAUCUGUUAUUUUUAUCUCCUUUAGCUUUUACGCCUUUGCUCUUCGUUUUCUAUUCAUGAAAAUUAUUACGAAAAUUUAGAAUUGUUCCCUUAUUUUCAAUUGGUGAAAAAGUUGUUUUUCCUUUGGUAUAGGAGAGGGCAGAGGACAGAAAGAAAACAUUCAAACGUGCUUCUGGUAAGAGUUUACAUGUUUUGGGGCUUCCAUUAAUAAUCGUUUGCACCCUUAUAAAGAGAAAAUUAACAGCGACACUGUAAAAAGUAGUUAAACCUUGACGUUAUCAUUGCUGAAUUUAUCUCGUUAUCAGAUUAAUUUCAACCGAGCGUCGAAAAGAAUCCUGGAUUGCUUUGAUUUUGCUCUAAUUCGGUCUGUGGUUGUUCUAGAAACUCUUUUCAUGCAUUAGACCAAUCGUGAAAACCAAUCGUGACUUGACGUUUCCCCACGCUUUUGGUAGUUUGCCUGUUUUUGCAUUGAGUCCUCAUUGGCUAAGGAUGAUGUCGACUUUUGCUCCGAUUGGCUGCUGGGAUUACCAUAGUUUUGGUUUUUGGAAACUCAAAUAAAUAGUGCACUAAAGAAGUAAAUAAAUAAAUGUGGUGGCAUGUCACCUCUGUUGACUUUGCGUAAUUGCUCUUUUACUUUUUCUUCAUCGCCUGCGUCUCCGUGGAAAUUCAGAACGCUACAGUAAUAAUUCUGACGACGACAAGGUCCCUUCUCUUCCAAGUGGCCAAACGCGUCAUUCAAAAACAAAAAGUAGAAACAAAUCUCGUCAGAUUUCUGUUAACGGAACAAAUGAUAUUAAGGAGCAUGAGCCUCCUCGAACAGUGGCGAAGAAAUCGUCCCAGAUGAAACAAUUGCGGCCGCGCGAAGAUAUGAUCCCUAUUGUCACAUACGAUGGAGUUAUGGAGGAGACUAGUACCGAAAGUGUCUUAAAUAGUACCCAGGACCACCGGCAGGUAAAAGUGAUAAUUCACCGGACGAGUAGUUCCAGUUCAUCAACUGUCUCAAGUGUUAGAUCCGUUGAUCAGCGGAUCACAAUUCCAAAGAAGAAACACUUGCGGUCACGUGAUCACGUUCAUGAGCGUCAAAGAUGUCAGAAUAACAUCGAAAACACCGAAAGUGAAAUACAAAAUACUGAGAAGAAUAGUAGUGGCUCUUCUGUUCAGGAAAGCUCGCAUUGUGAAGAAUCAAUAGCGCUACAAGUUACAGAUGAGGUGAAGAACAAUAACCAGGACUGCAAAACUAGCCAACAGACUAUUUUAGAAGGUGGUUCAUUGGCAGCCAUGUUUGAUUCUUAG